GACGCGGUAGCAGAGGAGUUGUUUCAGCAGAUGGGUGUGCCCAGCCUCUGGGAAGGAGGAAAUACGGGGAUCGUAUCCACGGAGAAGCCUCCCCUCCUUCCCGGUUGUCUCCUGCUGGUGUCCAGUGUCCGUUAGCCUUGUUUCUGCUCCGCACACACACACGCACGCACACACACACACACACACACACACACACACACACACACACACACACACACACACACACACACACACACAGGCACACACCGUCACAUGCAUACAUGCAUCACACACACACACACACACACACACACACACACACACACACACACACACACACACACACCACCCUAACCACUCAGUUGUCAGCAGCAGAUCCGCUCUGCCUGUCUGAUCGAUGGCUGAAUCCAUAGGCGCGGUGCUCGUCGUGACGCCGGGCCAGACCCCCAGCCCGGCGGGGCCUGGCGUGGCCGAGGCCAGCCCAGAGUACAUGGCCUUCGUGCUGGUGCCGGUCUUCUUCACACUGGGGCUGCUGGGGGUCCUGAUCUGUCACCUCCUGAAGAGGAGGGGCUACCGCUGCACCACCGGGGAGCCCCCCGCAGAGGGGGAGGAGCCAGAGGAGGACCUGGAGCUGGGCGGAGACUUGAACGACACGUUCAGCGAGAACAACGACACCGUGGGGCAGAUUGUCCACAUGAUCAUGAGUAAUGAAGCAAACUCGGACGCCCUCAAAGCCAUGGUUGAGCAGAACAGCAUUGACUCUGAUGGCCCCCCGCUGACGCCCACCUCCCCCCCCCCGUCCAGCCCCCCCCGGACCCCCGUCUGGCCGGGCCCCCCGCGGGUCCCCCGCGGCGCCGUGGCCACGUCCAAGCACACGUGCAGCCACCUGCACACCAUCGGGGGCCCCGGGGGCCCCAAGAACACCUGCAGCCGCUGCAGCCAGAAGAAGUGGCCCCUGAUGCGGCGGCCCCUCACCCCCCGGCGCUCGGAGAACCGCCGCUCCCACCAGGGCGAGGUCACCGUGCUCGCCGUCGGCAGGUUCCGUGUGACCAAGUCUGAGAAGCAGCCCAGAGAGAGGCGGACCCUGCCGACCUCAGAGGCCAAUGGCAGCGCUCCGACCUCCCCCGACCAGGCGGAGCCUAAGAGCAGGACCACGUCGGAAUCCCAGCAGGAGCCGACCAAGUGACCCCCCCCCCCCCCCCGGGAAGGAGGGGCUUCAGCGGACCGAAGACGAGAGGGGGAGGAACGGCGGAGCCAAAGCAGAGACCAAACCAACAUGUAGGAUGAUCUGCAGCAGAGGGGCUGAACACACGCUCCUCCUCUGAGGGCCCCUGCUCAGUGGACCACAACGAGGAGGAGGAGGAGGAGGAGGAUGAAGACGGCAGCUAACAGGGAAGAGAGGAAGAGCCCCCCCCCCUCUCUCCGCAACAGCCCUCGGUACACUCGGUGCACGAGAGCGUGCGCGCGCUUACAUCGUUGCUGAUUUGUGUCGGCGAAGGCGUAGUCAUCGGUGACAGAGGCUGGCAGCUCCCUGGGGUCGCCAGGGGAACAAGGGGUCAGGGUGAAGAAGAGGACGAUGAGGAGGCUUCAGUACAACGGGAAUAUGAAAAUGGGCUUUGUCUUACACCGUGAAACCUUCCGCCGGCACCCUGCAUACCGCGGUCACACAGAUGGAUUGUAAAGUGCCAAGGUCAGAGUCGACGGAAAGAAAAGGUCUCAGAACUCAAACUGUCACUCCCUCGACGCAAGUCAUUAGUAUUACAGAACCAAAGAAUAAGAGCUGUGUGUACGGCAAGAACAGCAACGCAGUGGAAAACCAGGCCUGAUGAAUGAUGACACUGGCCUUUUUCUGUUGUGGAAAAUCCUGCUUGUGAAACCUAACCCUCCACCUGAUCCAAUCACAAGCAGGUCUGAAAGGUCAGCAGACAACCAUCGCAAUUAGACAUCCCCCCAACCUCCCCUGAAAACAGCAAACGUUGUCCUCAUGACAGUAGACGCCAGGCCAGUACCCAGGCCUCAUGGCAGGCAUGAGGUGGUUGUUUGGCACGGGGCUCUCGCUCUAAGACAUUCAGUCUGAUAAAACCAACCGGUAACGAGCUGAAAACCAACUUAACAUCAAUUCACUUCCAAACAUUCGCCCCAUGUUGCGUGUUCGGUGAGGUGUUUAAACCUCAAUUUAUUGUGUGUUUGUGUGUGUGUGUGUGUGUGUGUGUGUCUGCGCGUGUGUGUGUGUGUGCCAAAUAUUCUCCCGAGAACAUCCCCAAGGUCAUGUCUCACUAGAAAUAAUUUUAUCAAGACAAAUAUAAUUUGAAUAAUAAAUAAUAAUUCAUUGAAUUUAUAUAGCGCUCUUCUAGACACUCAAAGACGCUUUACAGUGAAGAGGGGACCUCACUCACCACCACCAGUGAGUAGCACCACUGGGGUGAUGCACGGCAGCCAAUCAGCGCCAGAACGCUCAGCACACACCAGCUUGAGGUGGAGAGUGAGGGCAGUUUUAGGCAGAACACCGGGGAAUCCCCUACUCUUUGCGAUAAGUGCCCUGGGAUCUUUAAAGACCUCAGUGAGUCAGGACCUCGGUUUUACGUCUCCUCCGAAGGACGGCGCCUUCCACAGCACAGUGUCCCCGUCACUGCACCGGGGCAUCAGGGAUUGAUGUUUUUGGCCAUUGGUAAGAGUGCCACCUACUGGCCAAUACCCGACACCACUUCCAGCAGCAACUCAGUGUUCCCAGUUGGUCUCCCAUCUAGUACUAACCAAGCCCACACACAGAUUCAUCUAAGGCAGGGUUGCUAAUGGUCUGGCUCCUAUUUUGAAGAAUGAUUGACAUUCCUUGCUUGAGUUUAAACAAAUGUAACUUAAAAGUGACUCAUACCAAAACAACAUUUCUAAAGGGUUUUUCUAUCCAUUAUUUUCUAUUUUUAAAGGAAAGCCAGGCUGGUUGAAGCAAAACAUUUCCGCCAAAGUGAUCCUGAGUAAAGUUCAGGUUUCAUUUCUUAACAGUUAAACGUGUCUUUUUAAAAGAUUCCUUUUGUAUUGGGCUUCGAUAUAUAUUUGUGAUUGCUCAUAUUUCUUUUAAAUGUUUAUGUUGAGGUGACACUUCAACAUAUUCUGCAUUGUAUAAUUCAAUGAAGGAAAUCCAAAAUGUCAAGCCCUUAAACUAUUCCCAUAAAGGUCUUUAAAUAAA